GCCUGUAGCUUGGGUGGGUAGUCCCCACCCCCCCGCUGCUGCUUCACUUGUCGAUCAAAUCCAAUUCAACGGCCGAAAGAAAAAACCUGCCCUGAGAGAGGAAAAAAAACGAGAGGAGAGACGACAGCCCAAGCCGAGAUUGCGAGCGAGAGAGAGAGAGGAACACGAAGAAGCUAGGAGAGCGAGCGAGCGAGCGAAGCAAGGGCAGGCAGGACCCAUCCACCCCCAACCCCACCCCGCGCAGCAUCCGGGCCCCGCGGCCGCAAGCUCGAAGCAGCAGCGGCAGCAUCCCGCCACCGCGAGAUUCCGGCGGGCCCGCGGGGAGCACUCGAGCGGCGCAAUUCCUCGGCUGCUCCAAUCUCCAGCCCCCAAUUGCUCCCGCCCGCGCGCCCCCACCCCACGGAGGUCAGCUCAAUUUCCGCUCCCCCCAUCGGAUUCGCGCCGGUUCGCGCCCAUUCCCCCUCGGAGAUCCGGGUCGCCGGCGCGGGCCGGGAUCAUGCCCCCAUUGCUCUAGGGUUUGGCCGGGCGCCGCAAUUGGGCUUCCUCCUCCCUAUGCUUCAUUCGGGCCUCGGGCGAUUCGUGCGGGGGUGCCACUGGACAUGAGAUGAGAUCCCCCGCGUGGCCGGCGUGCUGGGAAUUCGCGCUCUGCAGGAAGCGCCAUAAGCCCUAGUGCGAUUCCAUUGAUCCCAGCCUCGGUUCCGUUCCUGCAAUCUGUCUCUGCUACUUCCCUUCACAUAUUUGGGGGGUGUGUGAUUGUGUUUUAUUCAUGGAUACAGUCAGAGAGGAGGUCUGGCCAAUGGCUGCUGCACCAACCCAGCAGGCGCCAGCGCCUCGGGGUCCGCACCCGCCGCAGCAGAACGGCCGUGUUGAUCUCCGGGACCUCAAGGCUCAGAUGGAGAAGCGGCUGGGUCCCGACAGGUCGCGCCGCUACUUCGGCUACCUGAGCACCUACCUCUCGCAGAAGCUCAGCAAGCCCGAUUUCGACAGGAUGUGCCUGCUCACGCUGGGGCGGGAGAACUUGCGGCUGCACAACCGGCUCAUCCGCUCCGUUCUCUACAACGCCUACCAGGCGCAGUGCCCGCCGCCACCACCGGAUGCCGCGAGGUCGGCCAAGAAGGUUUCCCAGGCUGCUGCUGGAGCGUUUAAUUCAUGCAAUGGGGAUGCUAGGCUGUUGCAGGUCCAAGGAUCCAGGCCAGUCGGCGCAGCAGUGCAAGAUCACCAGUUGAAGGACCGGUUCAAAAACAUGGGCCCAAAUGGUAGGGUGGAAGCCGCUGCUGCUGCCAGUCACACCCAGGUUGUCCGUGCCGCACCGGAGAAUGGCGCCCUGAGUUCAGUCGAGUUGAAGAGAUCCGUGUCCUUUCAACAGCAUGAAGCAAAGCAUCUGCGCGUGGACCAGCUGCUCCCUGAAAACGUGCUUAAGAGAAGAAGAGUUGUGAGCGAUGCAGCUGCAGAUCAUUCUGCUCAGACGUCGAGAAGUCCGCUACGAGCUCCGCUUGGGAUCCCCUUUUGUUCAGCUAGUGCAGGUGGGGCUAGGAAGCUAUUGCCGUCAACAGUUAAUGCGGGUGAAGAUCCCUUUACCAGCUGUUAUGAGCAUGGCCAGCUGUUGAACACGGAGGUUCUGCGUAAGCGGAUGGAGAAAACGGCUGAAUCGAUGGGUCUAGCAGGUGUCACGAUGGAUUGUGCUGAGCUUCUGAAUAAUGGCUUGGACUCCUACUUGAAGAGCCUGAUUAGGUCAUCUGUUGACUUGAAAGGAGCCGAUGUUCGAAAUGAUGCAAGAAGAGGGGCGUCGUAUAAGCAGCAUGCCCACGGGAAGCAGAUUAACGGUGUUUGGUUGCCGAACGAAGUCCAGAUGCAAUCGAGCAGUGGACAGUCAGAAGCUUCGCAUGAUAGCAGAAGUCACCGCUUGAUCUCUGCUGAUGAUUUCAGGGUAGCUAUGCAGCUGAAUCCCCGACAGCUUGGGGAGAAUUGGCCAGUCCUUCUCGAGAAGAUAUGUAUACGCCCCUCGGAGGAAAAUGACUGACAGAUGCUGCUUGUUAGUUCAGAUCAAAUUUUGUCCGAUGUAUUUCUUCUUGUCCCAUCUAAUGUACAUUUGAGCUGAAGUAACAAUACUGCAGUCACAUCACAGAAGAUGCAUGUUUGGGGAUCAAGGCAGAAUUCUGCUCCCAGAUUUGUAGUGAAAGAAAGCCAUUCUUUUGUCCUGAUAAUGAUGCCCCAAUAAAGGAAGUCGUCUUCUGUUCCUGCUGCUUAGGCCUCGUUAGGACUCCCGAGGUGGAGACUGUUACAUCCAUAAGUCCCGACAUCUAUGUAACAUCUGGCAUAAAGGGACAGAGCACAGCAAAAUGCAAGUGCUGUCAUGUAACUUAUAGGGAAAUGUUCUGUGAGUUUCUAGAUCAGGAUGUACAUUAUUGAUUGCAAAAUUUUCUAGAUUAUCCUCAGUACUAAUUCAGGAUCGUGGAUGUUAAUUUUAUUUAAAUUCUUUGUAACUGUUUUGCAAGUUAUAUUCUAGAUCUAAUAUUUCUCCUUUGCUCC